AUGCUGCGCUCCAGGGUGCUGUCAUUUGCUAAGAAGUGCUAUGUGAUGUGUAGGCGGGAGGUGCACAGUGCCCAGACCUCCAGGACAGAGGAGGAGGCUGCUGUCUAUGUACAUUGGCCGUACUGUGAGAAGCGCUGCACUUACUGUAACUUCAACAAGUACAUUGCCCAGUCUGACAACGAAGGUGCCAUCCGGGCCUGUCUGCUGCAAGAAGCUUCCACUUUGAUCCAGCUCAGCCAGGUACGCAGAGUUCCCUCAGUAUUUUUUGGGGGUGGUACUCCAAGCCUUGCCAGCCCCCACACUAUUGCUGCAGUACUGGAAGUGAUAUCCAAACAUGCCUAUUUGCCGCACAAUGCUGAAAUCACUUUGGAAGCCAAUCCUACCUCGUCAAAAAGAAGAAAACUGCAGCAGUUCAGGGAUGCCGGAGUCACCCGUCUGUCUGUUGGAUUGCAGUCCCUGGAUGACGGUGACCUGCAGCUCCUUGGGAGGACACACACAGCUUCGGAAGCCCUGGACACAUUAAAGGAGGCCUGUAAACUUUUUCCUAGUCGCACCUCGGUGGAUGUGAUGUUUCGGUCUUCCAGGUCAAAGCCUGGCAGCGUGGCACAGCACCUUAGAGAGGCUUUUGGACCAGUGUGAUGACCAUGUGUCUUUGUACCAGCUGACCUUGGAAAGGGGCACUGCUCUAUUCAGACUAAAGGAGAAGGGCCAAAUCACGUUUCCCGAUCAAGAACUGACUGCGCAGAUGUACGAUGAUGCCAGGCGGAUUCUGCAGCGGGCAGGAUUCUGGCACUAUGAGGUGUCAAACUUUGCCAGGAAUGGUGCCGUCAGCACGCAUAAUAUGUCAUACUGGUUGGGAAAACAGUAUAUUGGAGUUGGACCAGGUGCCCAUGGACGGUUUGUACCUCGGGCCAAGGGGAGGAAAAGGAGGGAAGCCCGUAUACAGACCUUGGAACCAGAACCUUGGAUGAAGGAAGUGAUGGCCAACGGACAUGGCACUCGAAAAGCAACGGAACAAAGUGACUUUGACAUGUUAUCAGAAAUGUUAAUACUGGGUUUACGAAUGGACACUGGGAUAACCCAUGAGCGCUGGAACACACUCAGCUCUAUGGUCCGCUUACCAGACUUGUUUGAUACAUCUCAGGAUUUAAGAGAGCUGCAGAAGGACGGGCUACUGGUGUUGGAUCACAGUGGUCUGCGCUGCUCCUGGAAGGGUCUGGCUGUCCUCGAUGGUCUUCUGCUGCCCCUUUUAUCCCAACUUGAAGAUUUCUGGAAUCAGCAAAUGAAAACG